GGCACCUUUGGCUCGCCCGGGAACAUCCGUGGGUUUUCCGAGCGCCAUGGAAGGCAGUGUUUACUCCAUGGAUGCUGGAAACGCAAUCAAGCUCGAGGCCCGGCGGCCCACGUCUUCCUUGGCCAAACACCUGCACGGCAAAAAGAUGUCGAAGGAGUACACGGAUGCAUUAGAGGCUCGAGUGGCUGAGGAAGGUGACGCGGAUUCCAUCCUGAGGGCGCAGCACGACCUUUCUGAGAGGGAGAGGCCGUCGCCCGACCGCGUGGCCACCGCUAUGCCAGUGGCCCAGCGCGCGCUCUUGAUCAGAUGGAUCAUGCAGGCUUUUGAAAUUCUGAACGUGGACGAGCAGAUGGUGCACGUGGUUGCCCUUAACAUUGAUAGGCUUUGGGCAACCUCCGGAGAAGGCGCGCUUCCUCCCCUGCCGUGCCUCGUGCUGGCGCUGGCUUGCACAGAGUUCAAGACGGAUGGCUACCAUCGAGACCGGGAGUGGAAGAAUGUGAUUCUGCAAAUGGGCCGUGGCCAGAUCCCGCUGCCUCAGAUCUUGAAGGCGGAGUUUCAGAUCCUCUCCAGGCUCCGCUACGUGGUGGGCAUUCCGACCCCCUUGACCUUCCUCCGCGGCUUGACCCAGCACUUGGGAGACGAGGCACAGAGGUGGACCCGUUUGGCCACCUUCCUGCUGGAGAUGGCCCUUCUCGAGCCCGAGGUGCAGUACGGCUGCCCCCACGCCUUCCUCGCCGCUGGUGCCUUCGCUGCGAGCCUGCGGGUCUUGGAGGCUCCGAAGAUGCACCGCCAGGAGCUACUGAAAGACUUGGAGGUGUGGCCCAUUGAGGACCAGGACCACGAGGAUCUGCUUUGGCAGUGUGAGGAGGAUGUGCUGCAGCUUUGGAUCCGCUGCAGAGACCAGCAGGUGGAGUUGGAAUUCUACGAGCUCUACAAGGUGUUGGAGGCCAGGUGUUGCCUUAGCUGCAAAGUGGAGGCCAGGAGCCUGGAUCCUCGCUCCGCGCUGGCCGCGGUGAGGGAGGAGCGCGAGCCGGAUCACAUCAAGACCACGGAUUGGGCGCUCUGGUUGAAAGGAGGUGCUCCUCACUUUCUUGCAGAGGAGCGCGAGUUCCCAUGGGCCAGUACCGCAGGCGCUGUGCCGGCCAACUGACCGGGCGCGCGCUUCUGGGCACUUCCGGGGGGUCCAAAUGUGAGAUUUGGCCUCCAAGCCGAUAAAUCAUUAAGACUUCCGCCCAAAAGACCGUCCCCCAAAAGACCCCCGGACCCCCGGCAUGCCGGAAGGGUUCGAGGGAUCGGAGAAGCCGGCCGCAGCCAGCAGCGCAACGGCGUGCGUCA